UUGAAGGACAACAAUUCAAACUAUUUAAUAUAAAUAUACCUACAGUAAUAAUCACAGAAAUAAUUACAGCAACACCAACUACAAUCAUCGAAACCAUAAUUGGAACCCAAAUAGCAAUUCAAACUGAAAUACCAAACUACUUUAAUGAUACCAACAUUAUAAACCAAGACAUAAUUACAGUAAUAGCAAUUACAAUAAUUGCUGGA